GUCCAAGUCUGCGAACGGCGGCCUAUCGACUGCCAUGACGAGCACAAUCCGAGAGGUCUGGCGGGACAAUCUCGAGGAGGAGAUGCGCAACAUUCGAACGCUCGUCGAUCGGUACCCAUACGUAGCAAUGGACACCGAGUUCCCCGGCGUCGUAGCUCGACCCAUCGGCAACUUCAAGACGUCAUCAGACUACCACUACCAGACGCUCCGGUGUAAUGUCGACCUGCUGAGGAUCAUCCAGCUUGGCGUAGCACUCGCAGACGAGCAAGGGAACAUGCCACAAGGCGUAUCCUGCUGGCAGUUCAAUUUUCAAUUCUCUCUACAUAAUGAUAUGUACGCAGCAGAAUCGAUAGACCUCCUCACAAAGUCAGGCAUCAACUUCAAGCGCCAUGAUGAACAAGGCAUAGACGUCCAAGACUUUGGGGAGCUGCUCAUCUCCUCUGGCUUGGUCUUGCUCGACGAUACAAAGUGGAUCUCCUUUCACUCUGGCUACGACUUUGGCUACUUGCUCAAAGUCGUUUCGUGCGCACCGCUGCCAACGACCGAGGUCGAGUUUUUCGAGCUGCUGAAGCUCUGGUUCCCCUGCAUCUACGACAUUAAGUACUUGAUGAAAGCAUGCAAGACGCUCAAGGGAGGACUGCAAGAAGUAGCCAAUGACCUGCAAGUCACUCGCAUAGGUCCACAACACCAAGCAGGCAGCGACAGUCUCCUCACAGCGUCCACAUUCUUCAAGAUGCGGUCCAAAUUCUUCGAGGAUGACAUUGACCCGAAAUACCUGGGCGCGCUAUACGGUCUUGGCUCAAGUCUAUAUUCGCAGCCGACAGCAGUGAGCUACGCGGCAGAGCCUGCGCCAACGGCUGCCAUUGCGAUACGAGACCCGGUCUCUGCACCACCCGUUCACGCAAGAGCGUAGCAUGCCCCACUUCCGUGUCUGUUGUAUCAUCGUGAC